UACUGGGUAUAUAUACAGAAGUGUAUGUGUGCGGUAUGUAUGUUUAGGUGUACAAGCUUCAUGUACGUGUCUUAUAUAUAGGCGUGUGUGUAUACACAGAUGUGUGACGUUUCAGCAGUGUAUGUAGAUGUAACGGUUGUAGUUAUGUGUAUAUACUUAGACUAUAGGUGCACACAGAUGUGCAGGAGGUAGGUAUGGUGCCUUAUAUCUAUAUGACACCCCCACCCUCAUGUCUUGUUCUCCCGGCAGCGGGUCCGUACGUGUCCAUGGAGCCGGGCAGUAUAGAGAACCUGUGCCUGCUGUACCAGAGCCCGGACUUCCUGGUGGUGAACAAGCACUGGGACAUCCGUAUAGACAGUAAGAUGUGGUACGAGAAGCUGACCGUCCAGAGGCAGCUCAUGCACCGCUUCCCCGAGCUUGCCGACCCCGACACCUACUAUGGCUUCAGAUUCUGCCAUCAACUUGACUUUUCAACCAGCGGGGCUCUCUGUGUCGCCCUCAACAAGGAAGCCGCAGGGCGGGCGUACAAGUGCUUCAAGGAACGUACCGUCACCAAGGCGUACCUGGCCCUGGUCAGGGGCAUCGUUGCAGAGAACCGCAUGACAAUCACCCGGGCCAUUGGCAAGAACACGCAGGACGGUCUGACACACAUGAUGUGCGUAGAAGGGACGGAGGGAUGCGAGAAUCCGAAACCUUGUCAGACCGACCUCCUCGUCCUGCAGCGUGGAUUAUACAAAGGCGAUCCGGUCACGAAAGUCUUAUUACAGCCGCUAACAGGCCGCACCCACCAGCUCAGAGUCCACUGCAGCGCUCUGGGGUACCCCAUCGUGGGGGAUUUUACCUACAGCUUUAAGACAGACACAGAGCCCUAUAGGAUGAUGCUUCAUGCCCACUACCUGCGCAUCCCCAAUGAUCGAGAGCUCAUCGAAGUCAUGGCGCCUGACCCCUUCCAGCCGGAGCUGGACCCCAGCUGGGUACCCACAGAGACCAUCCUCUGCCUGAGCGACGCCAUGACUGAAACCGUCAGCAAGGCGGUGGAGUCAGUCUGUAAGGAAGAGGUGCGGAAACCGCCAGAGCGCAAGAAGGAGACGGAGCAGGAGCGAGCUGUGUGUGAGCAGUGGUUGUCGGAGUGGGCCGGUGAAUAGUCCGCUAUGUCCCAGUGAUGCUUUACUGUAGUGUCAGAAUAUCGCCCUGCACCCCCCGUCGCCUCGCCCGUCUACCAUUUUAGCAGUAGUUCUCAGCACUCACAAGACCGCAAUGCACCGCUUCUUACCUGUCACAGCAGUUCACCAGCAAAACCGCAUCUGCGACUGCUUGUGCGUUUUUAAUCCGCGAGAAAAGAGUUGUCAGUGAGGACAACUGCGUUUUUAACAGUUACACGUGUCCAUGACUUACCUGAGGACUAUGUGGUGAAGAAAGGGUGGAAGGUCUUACGGGUAAAUGUAAGUCCCCGGUCGUUCUGCCUGUCGGGGAGCUUCCAUAAAAGUUGUCAGUGGUUACCCAGCUUUCUUGAACUGUGACAUAUCAGAUCUUCUUAGCUAUUCCCUGAUACGCCCAUCUAAAUAUGGCUGCAUAGUUGGGUAGAUUUGAUCUUCGGGAGUCUGAAAAAGCUGUGUGACAACCCUCGUAAGAUCAGUCGUUGGGGGGGUAUUGCUACAUAACUAAGCAAGUUUGCUGUUCUGGGGGCUGGAAAAGCUGGGUGACCGUCCCUGUUAUGGUAAAUUAGAUUUUUAUCUACGAAUAUUUUACCAGUUUAACCUUCAGUAGGGGGCAAAAUGUCAGUUUUAACGUUUAAGCUUAAAUUUUCAGACUCCAAUAAUCCCCAAAUUUGGGUCAGGGCAAAAUGGGGGAAAAAAAACCUCCACUAUAUUAACUGCGUUAUGGUUGAAGCUUGGGACGAAGCCGCUAAAGCCAUACUUAGCUUUUUGUGAUGCACUUUCGAAAGUUUUCUAUAGAACGCCUCCGGACAGCGCUCCGUUAUUAUUUUUCUACAGAUCAGGUCAGUUAACUACAAUGAAUUUUAUACAUAUUAUGAUCACUGUGGCUUCCAAUAGGUAAGUUAUUAUAGCUAUGUAUAUAGGGGUCACCUACCCACCUUCUAGAUAUAGUUGCUGUAGUUCUUAAAGGAAUGUUGGGGGCAGAUGAGCGGAGGGUGACGAGAAAAUCUAUGUCGUGCUCCGCCCGUGCACUAGACAUAUCAGAGUAUGAACGUUGACUGGGGUCUCUCUUUAACCCUUAAAGGAGUGGGCCAAGUAUGAAAGUUAUCCCCUAAUCACAGCAUAGGGGAUAACUAGCUGACAGGUGGGUGUCCGACCACUGGGACCACCACUGAUCCCUUCUAGUCACGAUGGAGCUGCAGGCUCCCUGCCGCUCCAUCCACCGUCUAUGGGACUGUCGAUGUAAUGUAACAUGAAUUCAAAAGAUUCGAGAAUGAGUACAUUUACGCAGGCUAAGUGAAUAAACAUAUUUAUUCACUUAAUAAAUAUAAUAAAAAUAUAACUCGGAUACGUUGCCUAAGUCAACAGCGCUGCAGGUCCAAGUGUGAAGUGGGUCAAGUUCACAUUAAGUAAUCCAUGCCUCAAUGAAAAAUACUUUCUUCCAGCAUAAAGCCUUUCACGUCCCUGGACAUGGAAGAAAACACCAAACUUCCACGUGUAGGCUCCUCUCAUUCGACACACUCCUGUGCAAUAGCAAGAGGACACACCGAUGGUGAAGGACUGAUGACUCAGGUCUACUCAAAGUGAUUUAUUACACUAACAAACAGAUUCUUGGUAAAAGCAUAUCACAAUUAACGAGACACUACUUGUCCUCCUACCCGACCCGGGUUUUACUUUCGCGCUCUAUCAGGGGCGGGUGUCCAACCCCUUACGGGGAUGUUUUAAAUUAGGUAAAAGUGUCCCACCCUUUUUUUCCCCCUUUUUCCACCAAUAAAAACUUGCACAUGCAUUAAAAUACAAGCCAAAUAAAAUAACACAUACACAAAUUACCAAUAUACCAUC